CACUCUAUUACUAGAAGGGUUGUUAUUGAUUUCACGGCGGCACAACAUUAUAUUAUAAUUUAUAAUGCAGUUCAGUGUUAUCUCGUCCGCAAUGACUCAGUCGUCGUCAGUACUCGUCUAAAAUGUCACAUUAUAUGAAAGCUUCAAAAAAAUCUUUUUCAAGAAAUGCUCAAGAGUUUAUUAUACGCCCUCUCCUUCGCCAGAGGGAAACCGGAGAGCUCUGUGACUUGACAAUCAAGCUGAAUGGACGGUGCUUCAAUGCACACAAAGCCGUUCUGGCACUAUGGAGCCCAUAUUUUCUGUCCAUGUUCACUUGUGACAUGAGGGAACGACUGACAAGGGAACUUGAUCUGUCAGAAUCGUUAAUUUUAGAACGAGAUGAUGUGUUUGGAACCGUCUUAGACUACAUGUACACUGGUUCUAUAACCCUGACUAUAGAAAAUGUUGAGGAUAUUGUCAAAAUAUCAGAUUUUCUUCUCAUUGAUGAUGUAAAAGAGUACUGCAGGCAGUUUUAUUUAGAUCUUGGAAAUUUAGAUCUAACAAACUGUAUACGGCUUAAAUUUCUUGCAGAAGAUCACAAUAUGCCAGAGGUAGCAAAAUUUGCACAGAAAAUGAUUGAAUCUCGUUUUCAUGAUUAUGUUAUCUACCAUGAUGAAAUGCUGGACUUGCUCCCAUCAUGCAUCUUCAGACUGCUGGAAGAUUCUCGGGUUGUUCAGCACACCAGCUACAAUGAACUCAAGAGAGUUGUACAACGCUGGAUUGAUUUUGACCGAUCUUUUCGGCAGCAAUACCAAUCUGACCUCAUGACUUGUGUGAAGUCCUGGAUAUCUGACUAUGCAAAUGAAGCAUCUUACCUCGGACGCGAGAUGUCCACCAGUGAUAUUCUCCGGAGAUCCAUGGAGGGAUCUUUAACUUCAGCUUCUGCCAGUGCUGGACCAUCUGAUGCAGAUACAGAUUUCACAGACAAACGAGACACCGAGAGUCCAUCAGACUGCGGUAGCCAAGUGUUGCUGGCAGUGGUUUGUAACCAAGGGCUGAAAUUCAUGAAGAUUCUAAUUUAUAGUUUACAAGAUCAAAAGUGGUACCAGUUCCCAGUUUCUGGAGAAAAAAUGUUGCAUUACAUGCCAGUUCGCCAAACUGUAUGCAAUAUGGUUUUAAAUGACAACAAACUUUUUAUGUAUCUCUGCUCAAGCUUUCCAUACCCAACAGAUAUGAUGAAGAUCAACAUUCUUGUGACAGAUCUGGUCACUGGUCAACCAACACUUUUCUCAUUCCGGACAGUGGACUUUUACAACCCAUGUUACCGGACUACACUGACAAACAUCAGAACAGCGCCACCUGUGAUGGUUUCUUGCAAUAACCAACUGUUUGUGCUUGGUAACAAGGAAGGUACUGGGCACCUGUUUAUGUGCAAUCUUGCCACCCACCAAUACACAUGCUUUCAAAUACCAGGCUCACGAUUCAUCAGUUUAGGCAGAGCAACAGUCAAAGAUGACCGUCAUAUUUACAUGUGGUUUCGCCACCGCACAGGACCAUCCGAAGAGUUCUGUAUCAAAAAGUCAAUAGGUUUUGCAGUGUUUGACACAAGAACUAAAAUCUUCAGCUCAUGGGAACUUCCUCCUCCAGACAUAUCGUACGAUGACUUCUCAAAGCCAUACGUGAUGUGCGUGAGGGAGGAUACAGUGUUCAUAUACCAUCCAGGGCAGCCUGCUCUAGUCCUGGAUGAAGUCCGAUCCAAGUGGGUCACAUCCAUCAGGAGAAUCUCUACCCCUCAUCCCGACUUCUCAGUCGAUACUCAGGCAUAUGGGUUCCAGCUUCUAGUCUCCACAAGUGAAAGUGUCUUCAUCUUGAACAAUGAGUGUCCCUACACAACAUCACUGCAUGAGGUGUCGGAGAAGUUCCCGUGUUCUAUGGCUCACAUUCCUCCUCCCAUUGAUCACAUCUCCGUGGUAGCAGUAGGAUCUGUACCCAAGACGAUGAUGCAGUCACUUGACAAGUGUAGUCGCUAUGACGAUGCCUAUUCAAGUGCCCUGCAUGUGGCCAUGCAGUAUUCCGAUGGCGACUCUGACGACAGCGCUGCAUCCAACUAUGAGGAACAGGACUCAGAAAAUGACUACGAAUAUGAUGAAGAUAUUUAUGAUUAUGAUUAUGAUGUUGAAAUUGGUUUGGACUUCUAAGAUGUAUUAUGUCAAUCAAAGGUGUUUUCAGAAAAGUUUUAAGAACAGAAGAACAGCCUGAUCCUCACACGACUUACAUGAUGAAAAAGAAUUCAAUCCAGCCUUCAAAUGGUAAAUCAAGGAUCAUCAUUUUCAUGGAUUAGAAAUAUCAAAACAGUUUUUCCGGGUAAAAUAUACUUUCAUUUGUUUUGAUGAAAGUAUCAUUUAAAAAAGCUAAACUAGUUUAGUUUACUGCCAUGUAUGUCAAUGGCUCCACUUGUUCAUAAACUCAACAG